ACAUGUGAGUGAGUCAUUGCUGUUGUGUUGAUUAACACACACUGAAGAGCAGCUCCCGGAUUUCACACAGAGAUCCUAGCCUGGGUUUGUGUCUGUGGACGGUGAAGAGGAGGCGCAGGAGUAGAGGGAGAGAGGAGAGACAUUACAAACACACACAGUCGGAGUCCAGCUGAAAGAUGUCUGGGACGGCGACCACUGCUGCCAACACGCAGUCCGCGAAAAUGAAAAAAGAAGAAUCUUCUUUCCUCGGGAAAUUAGGAGGCACUCUGGCAAGAAGAAAGAAAUCCAAAGAAGUGAGCGAUCUUCAUGAGGAGGGGAAGAAUGCCAUCAACGCUCCCAUGCUUCCCACCGGAAUGGACAUCCAUCCGGAGGACACACUGUUGGAGGAAAAUGCAGAGAGGAUCAUGUUGGACCCAACAUCCCGGGAAAAUCUGAAAUUCAAAGACCUGUUGAAGGUCCUGAUCGACUGGAUCAACAGUGAGCUGGAAGAAGACAGGAUCAUCGUCAAGGACCUGGAAGAAGACUGUUAUGAUGGACAAGUGCUGCAGAAGUUGUUUGAAAAGUUGUCAGGCAGGAAGCUGAACGUGGCCGAAGUGACCCAGUCAGAGAUCGGCCAGAAGCAGAAGCUUCAGACGGUCUUAGAGGCCGUUAAUGAAACUCUGCGGCCUCAUGGUUGGAGCAUCGAAUGGAGCGUGGACUCUAUCCACUCAAAGAACCUGGUGGCUAUUGUCUACCUGUUGGUGGCGCUGGCCAUGCACUUCCAGGCUCCAAUCAGACUCCCUGAGCACGUGUCAGUGCAGGUGGUGGUGGUGAAGAAACGAGAGGGAAUCCUGCAGACGGCCUUAGUGACCAAAGAGCUGACCAGCACCACAGAGAUGAUGUUGGGGAGAUUUGAGAGGGAUGCGUUCGACACCCUGUUGGAUCAUGCACCGGACAAACUCAAUGUUGUAAAAACGUCGCUCAUCACAUUUGUGAACAAACACCUGAACAAACUGAACCUGGAAGUCACUGAGCUGGAGUCACAGUUUGCUGAUGGAGUGUACCUCAUAUUACUGAUGGGUUUGCUGGAGAACUACUUCGUGCCUCUGUACAACUUCUUCCUCACUCCUGAGAGCUUUGAGCAAAAGGUUCAUAAUGUAGCGUUUGCCUUUGAGCUGAUGCAGGAUGGAGGUUUGAAAAAACCCAAAGCCAGACCAGAAGAUGUUGUCAACCUGAACCUCAAGUCCACCCUGCGGGUUCUCUACAACCUGUUCACCAACUACAAAAACUCUGAGUGAACUCUUGCAGAUGAGAACUAAUAUAAAUACCGACCUGUGCAUCUGUUCUUUACCGUCUGGACACUGGAGGCGCUGCAUCCCUGCACUUUCUACAUGAAAACUGUUUCAAAUGAAUGAAGGAGAAAAUAUUAUGAACUGGAAAACACCGUCUCAACCUUAUAGUGUCUUAUCCUCCAAACUGUACGACGACACCUGGAAGAAGAUUUAUGUUAAAAUAACUGAAAUACUUUGUAUGGAUAUUAAAGAAUGUUUUGAAAAAAAA